GUCACGUGGCCACCGCGGAAGCGACAGGCAGCUUUUUGUUGAUGCGGAAGAGAGACGAAAGCUUUGGGAUGUUUUCCGACUGAAGUUGUUUUAAAAUGAAACAAAAGUAACAGGUAACAGGACAAAAAAUAGACAUUACGAGCUUACAGUUGUAUUUGAAGCGACAGACUACAGUUUGAGCGACGUCAUGGCUGGUGGCAAUUUACAGAAAGCUAUAGAUCUUGCCAGCAAAGCUGCAGAGGAGGACAAAGCCAAAAACUACGAAGAGGCCCUCAAAUGUUAUCAGCAUGCAGUGCAGUACUUCCUUCAUGUUGUCAAGUAUGAGACUCAGGGUGAUCGAGCAAAGCAGAGCAUCAGGGCCAAAUGUGCAGACUACCUGGACAGAGCUGAGCAGCUGAAGGAAUAUCUGAAGAAGAAGGAGAAGAGUCCUCCAUCCAAACCUGUCAAAGAGUCCCAGUCAGAUGACAAAGGGAAUGAAAGUGAUGAAGGGGACGACCAGGAGAAGAAAAAGUUCCAAAAUCAACUCUCAGGUGCCAUUGUCAUGGAAAAGCCAAACAUUAAGUGGAAUGAUGUAGCUGGACUUGAGGGAGCAAAAGAAGCUUUAAAAGAAGCUGUCAUCUUGCCCAUCAAAUUCCCUCAUCUGUUCACAGGAAAGAGAACUCCUUGGCGUGGGAUUCUUCUGUUUGGCCCACCAGGAACAGGGAAAUCCUACCUGGCCAAAGCUGUAGCCACAGAAGCCAACAACUCCACCUUCUUCUCCAUCUCCUCUUCUGACCUUGUGUCCAAGUGGUUGGGAGAAAGUGAAAAGUUGGUGAAGAACCUGUUCACUUUAGCCCGAGAACACAAACCAUCUAUCAUUUUCAUUGAUGAGAUCGACUCCCUCUGUGGCUCCAGGAGCGAGAACGAAAGUGAGGCAGCGCGCAGAAUCAAGACAGAGUUCCUCGUCCAGAUGCAGGGUGUUGGAAAUGAUAAUGAGGGAAUCCUGGUCCUGGGAGCCACAAACAUACCCUGGACACUGGACUCAGCCAUCAGGAGAAGGUUUGAAAAGCGAAUCUACAUUCCUCUGCCUGAGGAGCAUGCCCGCUCCUUCAUGUUCAAACUGCAUCUGGGCUCCACCCCCAAAGAAUUGACAGACGCAGACUUCAACACACUGGGCAAAAAGACAGAGGGCUACUCUGGGGCGGACAUCAGUAUUAUCGUCAGGGAUGCCCUCAUGCAGCCCGUCAGGAAGGUUCAGUCAGCCACGCACUUCAAAAAGGUUCGAGGGUCGUCAUGGAAUAAUCCUGAUGUUGUGGUGGAGGACCUGCUGACUCCAUGCUCACCAGGUGAUCCCAACGCCAUAGCAAUGACGUGGAUGGAAGUCCCUGGGGAGAAACUUCUAGAGCCAAUUGUGUGCAUGGGUGACAUGCUGAGGUCGCUGUCCAACACCAAGCCAACAGUGAAUGAGCAGGACUUGGAGAAGCUGCAGAAGUUUACCGAAGAUUUUGGUCAAGAAGGCUAAUAAUAGUCACACUCUGCUCAUAAAUACGACUGUAACUAACAAUUAUUCUCACUGUCAGGUAUGAUCUUGAUAAAUCGAUUAAUCUUUUGGUCUAUCAGGUGUUGGAAAAUGUUCAUAACAGUUACUGGAGCUUAAAGUUCUUAGUUGCUUAAUCUGAUCAGUGGUCAAAAACACACAAAGUACAUAUUACAUUAAGAUGUGAAAAAAGAAAAGUUUAUAUCAGGGUUUAACUCGCUAUGACAGCAGAUGUUCGCAGUUCAUAUUCUAUAAUGAACUAGAACGAUUAAUCGAAUUAUCAAAAUCUUAACUGAUUACUUUUAUGUUGACAAACUAAUAUUUUAAUCAACUGUUUCAGCACUAUUAAUUUAACCAUCCACUGAGGCUAAUGUUUACAUCCAUACUCUUUAUUUGCAAUGUUUCGUAUUUGUUUUGCUUAUUGCUCUAUUAUUGGAAGCCUCCAACCAAAGUCAUACUAAUAGUCUUUAUUUUCUCAAAGGAAAUUUUGAUUAAAGGUACACUGUGGAGUUUUUGACUUCUAGUGGCACCAUGGAGCCAUUUUUUAUGAGGGAGUUUCUGUUUUGUUUGCUGUGCAUGUGCGAUGUGAUAUCAUUCGAUACAUUUUAAGACCUUAAAGAUGCACACAAUGUGUUUUGAUGAGCAGCACUGAAUAUAAACAUGACUUUGUUUACAAGGAAACUCCACACUGCACCUUUAAUCAGUAUCAUUGUACAGAUGGUGAUGGCUUCAGUGGGUAAGUGCACCUUUCCAACACUACAUACCUCUUAUUUUUGUCUAAGGAGAAUUAUAUUGUGCUUAACAGAAUUAGUUGUGUUUUUAUAAAUGGGAAUUUAUGCUUGAAAUGUAGGAAUGCCACUCUUUUAAAUUUGUAAAUAACCUUUUACUGGUUAUUUUUGUUUGAUUUUGCUUCAACCAAAGUUAUCAUUAUCAGCUUCAAAAGGCCUUCUGGGUUUUAAUUAAGUUAAUCAGUUUUAAAUGAAAAUUAAAUACUGCACAAUAAUUCAUUUAAAAGCAUUUUUUAAAUCCAAAUCUACUGACAGUUUCUAUUAUUUCAUAUCUCUCAUUAAGUUAUUUUGACACAUUUUUUUAGUUGAGCUGGAUUUCUAAAAAGGCUCUACUUUCAGUCUGUUACGUUAUAAAGUAUUUAUAUGUUCUGUCUAUGUGCUCAAACUGUGCCUUUGGUUUUGAAAUAUUCUUAUGUUCAUGAGUUUCUUUUUGGGUUUGCAGAGGUUACUUAUUGGUUAAAUAAAUAAAACAUGUUAUGAUGUAUUGCACUUUGUUUGUAUCCUACAUGAUAUGUUCUGUGAACAAAAGUCUCGGGGUGAAAUAAACAACAAAAAAAGAGUCA